AAGAUGUAACACAGUAACCGAUCAUAUAUCAAAGUGCUUCAUGCCGCCACGCGCGCUCGAAUUCGACGAAGUUUUCAACCGUUUUGAAAUGGUUUGAAGUCUCAUUGACGUUCGCGCGGUCGUGUGUUCGCGUCACAUCAAGAAAUAUAGCACGUAGCGCGAUCUCAUUUUAUUACUUUAUUUUCGGAUAUUUUAACGUCUACGAGAGUGAUUUUUCCUACCUCCGUAAGAUGAACCAGACCCAUCAGACGAUUCAGACGGAGAGCAGGCCGGGCAGCGCCCGCAGCGUGAUGUAUACCCCGCGCACGCCGCGAAUGCGUCAACGACAACGGUUCGACCUGAGUACCAGGCCAGAGGAGGACGGGACUGAUGGACUAGAAGGACUAGAAGAUCUAGUAGGCCAAACAUGGAACAUUUAUGCGGCAUCUGCUCUGUUUGGCAUUGAAAAAGAUGACGUUCACUUCAAAUUGUAUUCAAAGAGAUUAAGAGAAGAGAUUGCGAGCACAUUAACGCGUGAAGAUGUAACUUAUGACGCCAAGUUUUCUAUUGUGGAAAAUAUUACGUCUAAUCCAAACUAUGACAAUCCAGCAAUCAAGAUUGAAGUUGUAACUAAAAUCGAUGAUCGUGAGAGGGACGUUGAGAAAUCCAUCUAUAAAGGGAUAUUAUUGUCCUGGAGGUUAACACAGACUGAAUCAAAUAUACAGAAUUCCGUAAGAUUGCCACUUCUGCUGUGUCGUGGCACUCGUAGUUGUAUGGAGGCAGUGCACGCCAUCAUCGGUCGUAUGUUUGACUGCUUGGUAGUUACGCUACCAGCUAACGCGGACGACUUGAGCUGGCUGAUUCCGAUUAUAAUUACGACAACGAAGGAGGAGGAGCCGAUAGUCUCUGGCGAGGUUCAAAUGGAAUACACGGUGUCAGAAUUGCCAGUUACAGAUACCAUUAGAGUUAAAUUUCAUACUUCAGACUUGAGGAAGAUCCUAUCAGUGAUUAGACACAGCGAAGAUCAAGAUGACAGAGUUAACACAUCUCUCGAGCAUGAACACAUAGAAAUGUUUUAUGAAGUCUUGCAUAAGCAAAUGUUAAUGCUGGGAGGUUUGCAGUUAGGAUUAUGUACGCUGCAUAGGAUUAAUCUGCCCGGAGUAACGAUAAUGGAGAAUAGAAUGAAAGUAACGAACGUAGAAAUUUUGAAUAACAUAUUGUUGUACUUCAGUGACAAAGCUCUUGAUGUAUUUCAUACUGUGCAUAUUGAUAUAUGAACCUUAUAUUUUAAUGCUUGUGAUAUAAAUAAUAUACGAUUUAAAUACAA